AUGUCGGUCACCGAAGACGCCAAAGUUGAUCCCAUGUCGCCCACCUCCGACCCCAACCUGACUUCGCAAUCCACAACCAUUGCCGUGCCAUCAUCAGAAAGUCAGGAGCUUCCUAGUGCCGCCCCUCAUCCCGAUAACGCCCAGGCCGAGAGCCAAGAGCCCAGUUCGGUGGAUGCGAAACCCACAGAGAAUAAUGAGGAUAAUACGUCAGCUCCCGUCCUCAAGCAGGACCCAGUAGAUGCUGCUCCAUCUGCAAGCGCAUCUCCUCAACAACACGAUGAGGCGAAGGCUCCGGCAGCUGGCUCCGAGCCAUCGUCCCAGGGUUCAGAUGAGGCUGCUAAAGAAGAGGAGGACACGGGCCCAUCCUUGGUGAUCACCCUGCUCUUGAUAACCGGAUCCCGACACCCGUUCAAGAUCGAUGGGAAAUACCUGCGGAAACGGUCGGUCAAUGUAGAGAAUUACGAUCCAUUCGCCAUGAGCGUAUACACGUUGAAGGAAUUGAUUUGGCGGGAAUGGCGGCAAGACUGGGAGCCGCGCCCAUCAUCACCCAGCUCCAUCCGACUCAUCUCAUUCGGCAAGCUGCUCGAUGACAAAGCCCCGUUAUCAGACUCCAAGUUCAGCCGGGAUGCUCCCAACGUGGUCCACAUGACUGUGAAGCCCCAGGAGAUCGUUGACGAAGAAGACGCCAAGUCCAAACCCCAGUACACCCGGGAGCGGGAGUCCAGUGAGCGUAGCCCUGGCUGUCGCUGCAUCAUUCAAUAA